AUAGCACAUGGAUGUUGAGGCAUCCGUCUGCUCUUGCCAUGUUCAAUGAGAUCACCAACGCUUCCAAAGGGAAGCAGAUCGUGAUGUUCUUGGAUUACGACGGCACCCUCUCCCCCAUUGUCGACGACCCGGAUUGCGCAUUCAUGUCCGAAUCGAUGAGGGACGCUGUUAAAGGUGUAGCCAAGUAUUUUCCAACCGCCAUCGUCAGCGGUCGAUGCCGAGACAAGGUUUAUGAUUUUGUGAAGUUGGCAGAGCUUUACUAUGCCGGCAGCCACGGCAUGGAUAUCAAGGGUCCUGCUAGAGGUAGAAAGCAUACCAAAACAAAGGCGAAGGCUGUGCUUUUUCAGCCAGCUAGUGAGUUCUUGCCCAUGAUUGAUGAGGUGUACAAGGCUCUAGUGGAGGGAACUAAGGGCACCCCAGGGGCCAAAGUGGAGAACAACAAGUUCUGUGUGUCUGUCCAUUUCAGAUGUGUUGAUGAAAAGAGAUGGAGUGCAUUGGCUGAUCAAGUGAGGUCAGUGCUCAAGGAGUAUCCUAAGUUGAAGCUAACUCAAGGGAGAAAGGUGUUUGAGAUUCGUCCUACUAUUAAGUGGGACAAGGGCAAGGCCUUGGAGUUUUUGUUGGAGUCACUUGGAUUUGCAGAGUGCAACGACGUAUUGCCUGUGUAUAUCGGUGACGACCGUACUGAUGAGGACGCUUUCAAGGUUUUGCGCGAUAGAGGACAAGGCUUCGGCAUCCUUGUUUCCAAAUUUCCCAAGGAGACGAAUGCAUCUUACUCUCUCCAAGAGCCAUCUGAGGUUAUGGACUUUUUACAUCGCUUGGUUGAGUGGAAGAGGCUCUCUGUGAAGCGGUAUCCUAGAGUGUAAAUAUGACACAAGGGUAUCUCAUGACCAACCACCCCCCAUGAAUAAAAGGGGGUGGGGGGGAGUUUGAGUAUGGAACUUAGAAAUAAGUAGUAUAUGUGUAUUCAAUUAGGUAGGAGAAAUCAACAAAAUUAGACCCCCACCUUUGUAUUUUCCCCUAGCGUUUUCUCUUUCG